AUGUCGUCCUUAAGUGAACAGCUCAACUCCUUCAAAAACAAAGUCAAGUCUGCCCCUGUUAUUCCGAAAAAGGUUGUUCCAAAUACUCCUUUAUCAGAACCUAUAGCGGGGCAUAAAAGAGACAAUCCAGAUGAUAGCAACAAAUCUCCGUAUCCUAAAAAAAAAUCCACCAUCAUAUAUUCGCAGCCUGCCAACACAGGCACCGGAAUUCAGAUGGGAACACAAAUUGUCAAUGCCAUAGAGUACAUCAAGAAGCAGGACCGACCGGUCCCAUUUAAAGAUAUUGAGCGCUAUAUGUCAACUAAGAUUGACUUACUGCUUGGAGGCUUACAAAAGCACGAUCGAAUAAAGAUCAACAUGACGCAGCAAACCGCCGCCUAUGUGUCAAUAUACAAUAUUUAUUCAAAGGAGGAGCUGCUAGCAUUUUUGAGAAGUCAACAGUCUUUUCAAGGUGUGCCAGUGAAGCAACUAAAGGAUGGCUGGAAUGGGUGUCUUGCGGCGAUUGAAGAGCUGGAGAAGGAGGGUGAUAUUCUGGUUUUGCGGACAAAGAAAGAAAACAUUCCAAGAUAUGUUUGGGCAAACACUGGUGGGAAGCUGGGUGGCAUUGAUGAGGACUUUGUCAAGAUCUGGACAAGUGUAAAAGUCCCCGAUUCUGCGGAUUUGCCAAAGGAAUUGGAUAAGGCAGGACUUAAGCCUACUAGUGUUGAUCCAGCCACCAUUAAAUCCAAAAAGGGAACAGCUUCCAAUAAGAAGCAACGUAAACCGCGUACAGGUAAAAUUACAAACACUCACUUGGGUGGUCUUCUUAAGGAUUAUGGUGUUUAA